AUGAAUCAAGAUCCGCCUCCUCCCGGCGAUCCGAACUUGAAACCAACCGAACCGGAGAUUGAUGUACAGGAACAAGCUCGUCGAAGAAUUGCAGCAAGAGAAAAGAAAUUGGCUGAAAUAAUAGAAAGAGAAGCAAAGAGACAACAGGAAAUCAAAGAUAAGGAGGCGCGGGCAGCAGAAAAGCAAAAGGAAUCACAGAAGAUUCUCAAAAUGUUUAAGGACGGUUCGGAGUCAAGCAAUUGUCCACCAAUCUACUUGAAGAAGGCUCGUGACGCUUCUCCAGACGAUAAUCAACAAGAGUCAUGGGAGGAGAGAAGAAUUUCUUACUAUCAGAAACAGACGGAAAUGAAAGAACAGAACAACGAGGCUGCUUCGUCUUCUGCUGGUCAAUCCGCAGCUGCAAAUCAAAAACCAGAAGCUAUGGAGGGGACCAAUAAAGACGCCGAUUCCGGAAGCUCGUCUUUGAGUGCUCAGGUCAUAACUCCCCCAGAAAGACUCUCUACGGAGGCAUUGGAAAAGAAGGAAAAAGAAAAAGAAAGAGAUGAUACUAAGGCUGAAACGGAAAAAAGACCUACACAGAUUCCUCCAGCAGCGGGAUCCCCGCCAUCAAAAGAUUCCCUACCGACAGACCUAAUUCCUCCUACCACCGAUCGCAUCGCAAGAAGAAGAAUCAGGGAGCAACAAUUGAGCAGCAGAUGCCUUGAUUCAUCUGAGGAUGAAUCGGAGACCGCAGAAGUUGCACCGGCUGCGCCUAAAAGAAAAUCAGAUGUGGUGAGAAAGCGUGCUGCUCCACCCGAUUCCGAUGACAACUAA